AUGAUCAUCUAUUUUCUUUUAAUAUCGUUCUCUUCAAAUACUUUGGCUCACUUUAGCAAUGUUUUUUCGGAAAAUAACACAAUCGCGUAUCCUGAAGCAGGUCUUUUCCUCAGUCAUGUGGGUUCGUAUACACCGCCUGAUGCAAUCAUUCAUAAUUCGGCAAUUUUUCCAAUGACUGCUGAAACGUGUUACUUUUUACCGUUGGCCGCUGCCGUUAAUAUUCCUACAUGCAAUGUUACAGGACUAUUUGGCCUCGGUACCACGUUAGGUAACAUGCUAACGACAAAUCUUCAGAGCCAGGUGACACUCGUGGAAAAAUCCCUUGCAGAUCUCUCUGGAGCAUUACAAAUCAAUAGGGCACAGUUAGCGAAAAUUCAAGAAAAUCAAAUCGAACUCGGAGAAGAGUUGCAAUUAACACAACAAGCUCUUAAUGCUACGAUUCCAAUCUUAAAUGCGCAUUCUGAUACUAUUAAUACUCUUAAAAGUGGUAUUGAACGCUUAUAUACUCAUUUUCAACACUCAUUUCUCUACUCAGCAAUUACCCGAAUUUUUCGUAACGAUCUCACACUUGAAUUUCUCUCACCGGAAGAUUUAAACAUCAUAGUAUUCG